UGAGAGAGCAUCAGCAACAGGUGCCACAGGCGACAGGCUGAAAGAGAGUGCUGCCAUCAACCAGUCCCUAUCUUGUCUAGGAAACUGCAUACAUUCUUUGGCAGAGAGAGCAACGGGUCGAAACAUAAGAGUGCCAUACAGGGAUUCUGUACUAACGAGACUUUUGAUGAAUGCUCUUGGUGGCAACAGCAAAACAAUAAUGAUAGCUUGCAUUAGUCCAGCUGAUAUAAACUACGAAGAGACACUUUCAACAUUGCGUUACGCGGAUCGUGCAAAGCAGAUCAAAACUCUUGCUACUGUAAAUGAGGAUCCGACAGAAAUUUUGAUUCGGGAGCUGAGAGCAGAGAACGAGAAAUUGAGAAAAAUGAUUGAAAAAGGCGUCAUGAAUGUUCCCAUCAAGCCAGGAAUGACAGAUGACGAGGUGAUACGCCAACGAAAUAAGUGGGAAGAGGAAAUGAAAGCAGCUAUGGCGGAAAAUGAAAGAGAACUUCAACAGAUUAGACAGUCAUACGAAGAAAAGCUGAAACUGGCUCGUCUGGCACAAAAAGCUGACAUGGAACGCACGAGGUUGGAAGAUUUGAAGAGACAACACCCGCACUUGUCAAAUUUGAACUUUGACCUUCAAUUGUCUGGAAAGAUAGUUCACAUACUGUACAAAGGAGCCAACACCAUCGGCAAAGAAGACAACGCUAACAUACUCAUUUUAGGACCAAGUAUUCAGGAGUACCAUGCAAUCAUCCAUGUGCAAGACGAGGGUCAGAUCAUAAUUGAGAAAGGAUGUCCCGAAGCUAGAAUAUUGCUCAACGGGGAACCUGUCACUAGUCAAUCAGUUCUCAAUCACAAUGACAGGAUUUUGUUUGGAACGACCCAGUUGUUUGUUUUCCAAGAAUCAGAUAUCAGAGUCAAAGGGAGGAAAUACCCUGAAAUCACAUAUGAGAUGGCACAGGAAGAAAUUGCAGCAAGAGCAGGAAUCAACCUGUCGGACGACAGCUCAAGAGAGAGUGUCCUCCUCAAUAAAGAUCUGUUGGAAGUUCUACCGGGUGUUGAUGUCGCAAAUUCAAUCAGCGAAGAAUUGGAUAAGAGGGUCCGCUUCGAAAUUAUCCUCGUCUCACCACAGAUGAUUGGCAAGACAAUGGGUCGAACCGAGGUGUAUGUGAAAAUGAAGAACUUGGACACACGACAAGAAUAUGAGUGGCCUAAACAGAAAUUUCUGAAUCGUCUGUAUGUCAUGAAAGAGAUGUACCAGAACUACGAGGCAGAUGAAGAUUGGGAUCUUCCACCUGAGCGCGAUCCUUUUCUUGAAGAUCCUGACACAGAAGUUAGAAUUGGAACUGUACAAGUUUAUUUACAGCCUUUGUCAUACAAGGUUGAACUGAAGGAACAAUUAGAGAUAAUCAACUACAAAGGCACAGAUGUUGGAAUAAUUAACGUUGAAUUAGUUCCUUGCUCAGAUGAGGGUGCAGAAUAUACAGAACAAGACGAUCAAUUUGUCGAAAAGCAAACAGAGCUCCUGGGCAGAAACUUAUACUUUUUUGUGAAAAUUAAUGGAUGUAGAGGCAUUCCUAGCAGAUUUACGGAUGUCAACUGUAAAUACCGCGUCUAUUUUGACGAAGCUGACACUGUAACCGAAACAGUCUCUGAUACAUCGAACCCCGAUUUUCAUCACAGUAAAAUGUUCUCAUUCACUCCAGUCACGCAACAGAUACUGAGCUACUUGAAAGAUGGCUACAUAGUGAUUCAAGUUUGGGGCAAGCAGAAACCUCGAAAGUCGGCUAUCGCCAAAUCUAAAGGCAGGAGCACGAAACAGAUGAUGCAAGAUGAUCUUCUCAAUCAAACAUCCCGGCUUAUGAAUGGAUUUCGCAUUAAUGGAAGGAAUGUCGAUCCAAAUAAGCAAAGCAUGAUUGUCGAAUUGUUACUGAUGAAAAAGAACCAACAACGGCAGCAACAAAAAUUAGAGAACAUCGGUCAGUUGGUGGACAUAGCCGAAAAAAGUAAAGUGAGAGAUCUUCCACUUCCCAUGGUCAAAGAGCUUCUUCUAGCCAAUUCGAAUGAAGAAGCCGCAAGAGUUUUCCAUCGUUACCUGCCAAAAGGACAUGCGCUACCAAAAACUCCCGUAAGCGUUGCGGAGGAAGAAGAGAUUGAGGAAGAGGAAGAGGAAGAAGAGGAAGAUGAGGAGGAGGAAGAGGACGAAGAUGAAGACGAGGACGAUGAAGAAAAAGAAAAGAGGAGAGAAAGAAGACGCCGUCGUAGAGGAAGUGGGGAGUCGGACGAUGAGGACAAUAAUUCUUAUAAAGGCUCGUCAACUUGUAUAGUAGUGUAAACAUUUUUCAACAGUCACUUUUCCUUAGCAUAUAUGACUAAACAAAGUAUGAGAGAUUAAUUUAUUCAAGAGAAAUAAGAUUUUUCCAGAAAACACUAUUUUUAUAUUAAUUUUUAAAUAUUCUUUACGUACCAAAAAAAGUGAAACAGUGUUGUUAUUCCCAGGAAGGAGAAACAGCUUAGAAGAGUUCCAUAUUUGAACUAUACGAACAAUCAAACAUAUUUUUAUAGAACUUGAGUUGUAAAAAUAUGUAAUAAAAUAACGCACAUCCAUUGAUGUUUUAAGUAUACUUUCAGAAAUUUUUAACGCAAUAUAUUUUUUAAAGUUGAUUUUAAUCUUUCAUCUGCCAUUUAAAAUCAAAUCGAAUAUCACUUAACUGUACUUAAAACACGACGAUCUUCAAUUAAACUUGAGGUAUUUUUCUUACAUUUGUUUUUAUCAGUUUCAACUUUUAAAACAUUUUCUCGUAAAUCAUAUCAGUACGUGCACAAUUUUUUUAAAAAUGUUUUUUUGUUAUACGCUCAUUUGAAAAUACAGACUGAGAAAAUGAAAAGUUGCGAAACUGCGUUUUCAGAACCUUUUUAAGUAUUUCUUAUCAUAAAUUAUACCAUGAGUUAAGAUUUUAUACGCAACAUAGGGAUACGAUCAGAAACAAAAAGAAAAAACAACCUACAUAAAGCACAAAUAGUGCUUAAAUUAUUUAUAUUUCAAAACUAUUAUUUUUAAUUUUAAAUUUCUGCUUUUAACAUUAGAGAAAAUCGUUUGAUAAAAUCGUGAAACAUGCGUUACCAGAUGUCAAAUGAGUUAUCUUUUUAUGGUGCAUUAAAUUUGAAGAUAUUUUUAAAAUUGGAUAUUUAGAUAAGACUUAUCUUUAAAGAUUAGUCAAUUAAAACUAAACUUAUUCAUGUAACUCUUUACGAUAAGAUUAAUCUAAUAAGACGAAUCUUAUCGUAAAGAAUUGCAUGGGAUUUAAGCAGCAAAACAACAUACUUUCCUCAACUCAUUUGGGUCUAGUAUUAUUUUCAAUGAACAGUUCGUUUUUAAAAGAAAUAAAAAGUGGUGACUGAAAUGUUUUAUUAUUGACAAUUAUUUUGUAAACAUGAGAAGGUUUUAUCUUAUGAAAUAUAUUAUUUGUGCAACUAUUUUUAUUUCAAUUCUAAACUAGAACACAAUUCCUUUUUAAAGGUAAAGCGGUAGGUAAUUCAAGAAAAUACUUGGUUAAAAUAUUAAUAAUUGAUCAAUGGACCUAUUUUUUGUACAUUUUUUACCUCAUUGGCCACAUUUGCGUGUCGGGCAUUAUUAUUAGGUUAAAUCCUUUUUAGAGUAAGAGUAAUACUUGAAUCUAACUUAAAACAUAUAAAAGGAGAAUAUUGGAACAAUGUUUUGUAAAAUUUUCUUCAAAAUAUUUACAAAAUUUUGUCUUUGAGAAUUAUUUUUUGGGAACUCCGUGGAAAAAGUAUUUUUGUCCUGGUCAUGGUUUCUUAAAAACGAAUGCAACAAUUUCGCUGAAAUUUUGCACAUCUUUCAGAUCGAUUUUUCAGUAACUAAACGAUGGAUUGAAAAAUUGAAACUAGAAUUUCUUGCAAAGUUAUACGAUUUUAGAUCAUAUUUUGUUUUGCAAAAUAAGUUUCAUUCUAUGCUAAAAACAUUCUUUCCUUCAAUAUCUGGUCUAUCUAGAAGAAGUGUGGGCAAAAUCGACCCCCGACUUCAAAAAUAGAAUUUUGGGAAAACUCAAUUUUUUCUAUUUUCAGUCAAACCUAAUGCUCCAAAAGCAGUUAUUGACUUUAAGAAGUUAAUGAAAAGGAGUUAAUAAAAAAUAAUUGUAAAAUAUUGCUCUAUUCGGUAAUUUAAAAAAAAGAAAAGAGUUUUUGAUAUUUGGAAACUCAUUUAACUCCGAAUUGUUUUAAAAGAAUUUUAUAUUCGAAACACAAAAGAGACUUUUUCGUUAACAAAUACGUUUUUUUAAAGAGUAAAAUGAAUGCCUAAACGAAUGCAAUAAUGCUAGAGUCUAAGUAUUAUUGAACUCUGAGCAUUAUUGUAUUAAUUUAUAAUGCAUUGAUGCAAUGAUACUCAGACAAACUAUUGCGAGUUUCCCGUUCAUCAAGUGUAACGUCGAUUUUUUUCUCCUUUCGUUUUGUGAAUUACUUGUCAAGAUUUUUAUGCAAAUAAAAAUGCUAAAUUCCUGUAUAAAGUAUUUGUAAAAAUAAAAUAAUUAUGGUUUUAAA